AUGCGUAUUGGACAAUCAAUUUGGUCUCGAGAAGACUUUAAUCUAAACAAUCCAACAAGUUCAUUGGUACUUUCAACAAAAGCUAAAAGUUUGAUUAAAUUUCGUUCUGAUACAGACUUAAAUCGUAGUUUUGAUACACAUAAUGAUGAAAAUGAACAAGAAAUUAUCUUACCACAUGGACAUCCAAUCAAUUCAAGUAAAAAUCUUUUUUCAAAUUUACAAUUACGUAGUCGUAUUUAUGAGCAACAACAAUUCGUAUCAAAGGAUGGUACAGUUAAAACUGUUUAUUAUUUUCGUGCAACAAGAAUAUGUAUUGAUGAAUCUGGUCCAUUUUGGCCUAUGGCAUUUCCUAUAAAACAUCCAACACCAUCAUUUUUAUUUUAUACACGAAAUGAAAAAAAACAUCGUUUUAAAGAAUAUUAUUAUCUACAUGAUAAUCAUUUUUUAGGUAAAAAUCAUCAACAAACAUUUGAUAAUCAACCAGCUAUGUUUAAAUAUACCGAUGUUCUUAAACAUCCAAUUCUUGUUUAUGAUAUGGAUAAAUCACCAAGACAACAACAACCUAAAGCAAAUGAUAAUGAACAAAUGUGUCCAUCGUUAAUAUUUGAAUCACGUUUUGAAGGUGGAAAUUUAAGACAAGUUAAACGUGUAGGUCAAUUUGAAUAUGAACUUAUCCUUCGACCCGAUCUAUAUACCAGACGACAUACACAAUGGUACUAUUUUCGUGUACAAAAUAUGAUUGCUAAUAUAACGUAUCGUUUUCGAAUUAUUAAUUUGGUGAAAAAAAGUAGUCUAUAUAAUGAAGGUAUGCAAAUUCUGCUUUUUUCGGAUGUAGCAGGAAAGAAAGAACUACGAGGUUGGCAUCGUGUGGGUCAUCAUAUUAAUUAUGCAGAAUAUAAACAACGCACUUAUAAUCCUUUACUUGAACGAGAUAUUAAUUAUUUUGAACUUGAUUUUCAACUUGAAUUUCCUCACACAAGUGAUACAUGUUACAUAGCACAUUGUUAUCCAUAUACAUUUUCAGAUCUCAAGGACGAUUUAGAUUAUUUAUCAUCAAUAAGAUCACAAGAAAUUUUUCGUCGUGAUAUUUUAUGUGAAUCUCAAGCAGGAAAUUCAUGUUUUAUUGUAACUGUGACUGAUGAAUCGGUACCAAUAAGUCAAAAAAAGUUUGUUUUUAUAACUGCACGAAUACAUCCAGGUGAGACAAAUUCAAGUUAUAUGAUGCGUGGUGUACUUGAAUUUAUUACAUCAGAUGAUAGAGUAGCUCAAAAAUUACGUUCACAAUUAGUAUUUAAAAUUAUACCAAUGCUCAAUCCUGAUGGUGUUAUUAUUGGUAAUUAUCGAUGUUCAUUAACAGGAAAAGAUAUGAAUCGUAAUUUUCGUCAUCCACGUAAACAAACUUUUCCAACAAUUUAUCAUAUGAAACAAUUAAUGCAAGAUUUACAAAAAGAAGAACAUGAAAUUUUAGCUUUUUGUGAUCUUCAUGGUCAUAGUCGUAAAUCGAAUGUAUUUGCUUAUGGUUGUGAUGGAUGUGAUGGACCACAACCAAAUAUGAAGAACUUUUUAAAUGCACGUAUUCUUCCAUAUAUUAUGUCAAGAACGGCACCGGAAAUGUUUGCAUUUGAUUAUUGUAAAUUUCAUAUACAUCGAUGUAAAGAAUCUACAGGACGUGUUGUUAUGUGGAAGGAAAUGUUAAUAAGAAAUAGUUUUACAUUAGAAGCGUCAUUUGCAGGAUCAAGUAUUGUGUAUGUUUUGCCUAUUCUAAAUAAUUAUAAUAAAUAUAUAAAACAAAAAAAUUUUUAUACUUAUUACAGAGAAAAACCAUGUCAUUUUAAUAUUCAAGAUUAUGAAAAAUUUGGACAAUGUAUAUGUCAAUCAUUAAGACAAUAUUUAGAUAUUCUUUGUGAUUCGACACGAUUGGAUUCAAUAUUUUUGGAUAUAACAAAAAGUGUUCUUCGUAAAUUAGGAAAAGAAAAAAUUCCACCUGCUUUAUUACCUGCUGUUUAUCCAGAAGAAAAACAAACUGAUGAACCACAAAUAUCAAUUACUUCAGUCGCUAGUUGUUUACAAGUGUUAUCACAAUGUCAUGAUACUAUUAAUGAACAAGAUGCAUCAAGUUCUAGCGAUUCAGAUAGUGAUCCUGAAGGUGGUGAAUUACCUGAUAUUCCAUAUCGAAAAGAAGACCAAUCAUUAAAGAAAAAAUUAAAAAAGAAAAGAUCAGAAAAAAUUAUUGAAGAACGUGUUCAAAGAAUAGCUCAUAAACGAGAGGCAAACGAAGAAUCUAAUGGUAUUAGCGGUACUAAUGGUACUAAUGGUACUAAUAGUACUAAUGGUAUUAAUGAUACCAAUCGUCGAAUACGUGUAUCCUAUCCAUAUACAUCGGAAAUUGAUAUGAAUUCACAAUUAAAACUUACACUUGCCGUUGACCAGAUGGACAAAGCAACUCGUACAUUACCACCACGAGGUACUCUAUUUACAAGUAAAUAUGCUAAUAGAAGUGGUCAUGGUCUACCAAUUUUUACUACUGAACGAGCACUAGAACGAAGACAAGUGAAAUUAUUUUAA